AUGGCAAAUCAAUUCAUAGGAUUGCACAUGCGGGUGGUACUGAGAGAUCCUCCGGGGAAUGAGUUCACAGGAACAGUUGUGGACGUGCAGGCGGGCAGCGGCUUGACCUUGACUAACGUAUUCGUGGCAAACACCAAGCAAUGGUUCCCAUCCAUACAAAUCCCCGCAGCUAACAUUGCUGAUCUAUCCGAGGUUAAGGACGAAGUACCAGCAACGUAUGCGCCCGCCCCUGUCGAACCUAUCGUCGCUGCAUCGACUUUGACAAAACCACCCGCGCAGCCUACCUUUGUUGACCCGGCCAUUCUCAGCCUGGGACGACCGCCAGCGCCAGCGACACCUUCGGGAUCCGAUACAAGGGCUUUGGCGAAAGAGAGUGAGAGAACAGAAUUGCCGGGCAUUCCCGUAAAGGUUGCAGCCUCUACACCUGGACGGCCUACCCCUGACUACGAUUUGUCAGGUUCUGUCAAAAAUUUGGCCAUUGGCGAAACGUUGACGGAAACUGGCAACGGUGAUAUACCUGAGGGCCAUGCCAACCGAUCUGCUAAGAAAAAGAAUGCCAAUCGUCGCUCACGUCAAACCAAACAAGGGAAGGGUCAGCGUGUGGAAGAGGACGGUCUGGCUGCUGAAGGUUCGCCUGCUAGUGGGCGAGGCAAGGGGUGGAGGCAAACGCCUAUUUUGCAGAGCACAUCUUCCUUCCAGCCAUUUCACUUCUUGAAAAAGAGCACCAAGGGGCGCAAGGGUACACUUGAUAAUGGUUGGGCAUCCGAGGACGUCACAGAGGAGAUGGGUGAUUUCGACUUUGAAAACAACCUAGCGAAAUUUGACAAAGCCACCAUUUUUGACCAGAUGAGAAGGGAGGAUCAGGUCGAUGAUGCGAGCCGAUUAGUAGCUCAUAACCGGAAGCCGAAGCCUGGUACGGCUGGCGGUAAGAAUUUGCAUUACACAGAAAAUGUACUGGAUCUGCCUCCGACCGCCAAGAAAGACGCAUAUUCGUGGAAUAGCGAAGCGGAUGACGGGCUGAACGGGGCAGAGAGGCUCUCGGGGCGGGAUGUUCGAAGCAGUCAGAGCAACCGGAGGGCUGACAGCAAAUCCGGCCCUUCGCGGAGAUCACAGUCACGUAAAGCAAGUGCCGUUGCGACAUCUGGCGGUCUUCCGCUGACCCGCGUCAACUCUGGCGUACGUGCAAGCCACUUGUCUCGCUUGUCCAUUUCUCGACCAGAGUCCCGCAGUACUAACAGCAGGCAGCAAGGUCACCCGCCGGGCCUAUACCUGGUCCCUUCGCACAAGCGUCUUGAAACCGUGUCUGCCCUGCAGAUGCUGAAUCUCGAAAACAUUGCUGCAAACGAGGUUGGACUGACGGAGCAGCUCAUGGCCGAAAAUGGAGGACGAGGCAUUGCUGAGGUGAUAUUUACGGCCUUGACAGAUCCUGCCAUCAAGGUGCGGUUCGGACUUGCUGGUGCUAAUCCGUCCUCCAGCGCUACAUUAAGUAGUCCAGCUGUGGUGAUCCUAGCUGGAAAUAACAAAUCAGGCAUGCGAGCAAUUGCUGCCGCGCGUCAUCUUCGAAACAAGAACGUCAACAUGCUCGUGUGUCUGGUGGGUAUUGAACGAGAAAAGGACCUGCUUGAAGACCUACGACAACAAAUUCAACUAUAUCGAGCUUUUGGCGGCAAGAUUCUUAGUAAAGUUGAUCUUUUCGAGCACUUGCGCAAGGCGUCAUCAUCAGGAUCGCCCGUAUCAGUGGCUCUUAUUGUCGAUGCUCUGCUGGGCUUGACUAUUUCAUUUGAGGAAUUGCGGACUGGUGACCAGGCUGCUGUAUACGAGUUGAUGGAAUGGGCGAACCGCAACGAAGCCUUUGUGCUCUCAGUUGAUGUCCCGACGGGCAUCGACCCGACUUCUGGAAAAGUAGCAGUGAUUGAUGGCAGUCGACUAUUUGUUAAGCCACGAUACGUUGUUGCCAUGGGAGCUCCCAAGCGAGGUCUGCUCGAGGCUGUGACGCCCCCAGAUGAGGACGACCCGCAAAACAUGAACAACACUGCUCACGAUGAUGAGUGGCGUCUCUUCAUUGCAGAUAUCGGCCUGGGUAGUGCUGUAUGGAGGAAAGCUGGAACCAAGAUUCGACGAGGCAUCGACUUCGAUGAGAAGUGGGUACUCGAGAUGAAGUAUUCAGAUGGCCAGCAUGAUGAAAGCGACUACGACGAAGAGUAG